GAGAGAGAGAGCUGGCACAAGAGUAGGAAAGAGAGGGGGAGAGUUCAGUGUGUGUGUGUGUGUGUGUGUGUGUGUGUGUGUCUCCUGGGGAGAAGCACAGACUUCAUAUCCAGGUCUCCAGUAAACAUCUAUGAGCCUCCUCUAUAAAGCUGCUGUGCUACUGCAUGGACCCUCGGAGCAAAGGCAAAAAUAUCAGCUUCAGUUCCUGUUGAACUGUCAGUGUAGCAGAGGGCACACAGCUGAGCUCCAGCACAGAACAGUAGCUGGGUGCAGUGGCAGCAGCUUGCCAGGGAGUCUGUAGAUGCUGAAAAGAGCCGAGACAAAGUGAGCACAGAGAUCAACCAACUGAGCAGAACAUGACAGCUGCAGCAGCUCAGGAGCUUGACGAACGAUGUUUCCUGUCGGCGCAGUCCCUUCCCAGCCUGAAGGUAUCCGAGCACUUCAAGGUGGUGAAGCUCCUGGGACAGGGAACCUACGGCAAGGUCAUGCUGGCCGUACACAGAAAGAGAGGAACCCCGAUGGCUCUGAAGUUCUUUCCUCGUGAGUCGACCUCGCUCACCUCCUUCCUGCGUGAAUACAACCUGUCCCUUUCCUACUGCACCCAUCCUUCUCUGACACGGGCCCUUGGCAUCUUCUUUUCCACACCCACCUACUAUGUGUUUGCCCAGCAAGCUGGUCUAUACGGCGACCUCUACAAUGUGAUAGUGUCUGAGGUCGGGGUGGAUGAAGAGCGUGUUCAGAGGGUAAUGGCCCAGCUAAGCGGUGCCGUCACACACCUCCACUCCCUGGGGUUCGUCCACCGCGACAUCAAACCUGAGAACAUCUUCCUGUGUGACAGCUCCUGUCGCUGGGUCAAACUGGGCGACUUUGGUCUCGCCCGGGCCAUCGGCUCCACCGUUCGUGCCGUCUGGUACGAGUCCCCCUUCUGCACUCCUGAGGUGGAGCCUGGAAAAAAGGCUCAGAAGGACUGGGAUGGGACCGAGGAGAGUAUAGAGGAAAUCUGGAUAACAGUGGAGCCCACUAUUGACAGCUGGGCCCUCGGUGUGCUCGUCUAUUGCCUCUUAACUGGCUGCUUCCCCUGGGAGGAGAGCACCCUCGACGACCGCGGCUACCGUAGAUUCAAGGAGUGGUUUGACCGCGAGGAGAAGAUGAGGGAUGGUGAGUGGAGGCUUGAGGAGGAAAUAGACAGUUACACAAUCAUGAGGGAGAACCAAAGGUACAACCCUCCGCCCUCACAGUUUGAGGGCCUCAGCCCGCUUGUGAUGACUCUGUUCAAAGAGCUGCUCCACCCGGAGCCCAAACACAGAGGGAGCCCCGAGGAGAUCCUCAGCUACCUGGGAGGGCCGUGGCUGACGGAGACAGAGAUGGAGGAGAAGAGGAAGGCAGAGGAGGCGGAGAAGGAAGCCAGAAAAAUAAGGGAGGGAGGAGGUGUAGAAGAGGAGCUGGUGAGGGAGGGGAGAGGGGAGAGAUAAGCUUUGAUUAAUGGAUGUAACAUGUUUGAAAAACAUUGCUGCAUUGUAUUUUUGUUUAUGAUUAUAGCAGGUGCUAUAUUUUCAUAUUUUUAUAAAUAUCCUUACCACAGCCACCACUUCCCUUGUUGUAUAUAUUCCAGUGUGUAUACUGUAUACUGUAUAUGUGUAUGUAUGAAGGAAGUGUCUACAGGUAAUACAAGGAAAGUUUGAUGUGUGAAACUAUGAGCUGUAUUAUAGUGCCUUUAAAAGUCUGUAUGAGAAUUGUUGUCUAGA